CCCGAGCCGCCAUGGCGGCGGGGCCGAGAGACCCCGUGUGGCGGCCUGCAGCGGGCGCCCGGUUCUUCUGCACGGUGGGCCGGGGCUUAGAGCCCUUCCUGAUGCGGGAGGUGCGGGCGCGGCUGGAGGCCACGGAGGUUGAAUAUAUUUUAGGAAAAGUUUUUUUUACCACCUGUUCUGACUUGAAUAUGCUGAAAAAGUUAAAAUCUGCAGAAAGAUUGUUUUUGCUGAUUAAAAAGCAGUUUCCAUUUAAUGUUCCUUCUGUAAGUAAAGGAAAAAUAUUUAGUGAAGUGCAAAGACUUAUAAAUGAUGAUCCUGAGAGUUGGUUGAAUGUCAUUUCAAUCUGGAAAAAUCUUCUUGAACUUGAUGCAAAAAAGGAAAAUCUUUCUCAAAGAGAUGCUAACCCACAAAAAAUAAAACUGGGAAAAAAUGACACCAUCAUUGCUGAGAAAUUAAAAACAGAACAAAUGCAAGAGACAGAAGAGACUAGGGAAUGCCAGCUGGAGAAACAAAUAGAAGAAACAUUGGAGCAAGGAGAUUCUCUCACUAAAAGAGAAAAAUUUCAAGAAGAAUUUCAGAAUGAUGUAGCAAAAGCCGUUGAUACUCAUAAUGAGAACAACUUGACUUUCAGAGUUUCUUGUCGCUGCAGUGGAGCUAUUGCAAAGACCUUUACUGCACAGGAGAUAGGAAGAAUAGUUGGAAUUGCUCUUAUGAAACAGUUUGGAUGGAAAGCAGAUUUGAGGAAUCCAAAUUUAGAGAUCUUUAUACAUCUAAGUGACAUUUACUCUGUGGUGGGAAUUCCUGUUUUCAGGGUUCCUUUAGCCAGCAGAGCUUACAUCAGGACAACGGGACUGAGAUCAACCAUAGCCUGGGCAAUGGCCUCUGUCGCUGAAAUUAAGGCUGGUAUGUUUGUUUUAGAUCCAAUGUGUGGAUUCGGAACAAUACUUUUGGAAGCUGCUAAAGAAUGGCCAGAUGUAUAUUAUGUGGCUGCUGAUGUCAGCACCUCACAGUUACUCGGUGCAUCUGACAAUCUGAAAGCUGCAGGCCUUAAGGAUAAGAUUGAGUUACUUAAAGUCUCUGUAAUAGAAUUGCCUUUGCCUUCAGAAAGUGUCGAUGUUAUUAUUUCUGACAUUCCAUUUGGGAAAAAGUUUAAGUUAGGAAAGGACAUCAGAAGCAUUUUACAAGAAUUGGAAAGAGUGCUUCGUGUUGGAGGAACUGUCGUGUUGUUGCUUAGCGAAGCCCACCACAGACGCCUUAAAGAUGGUGAAGGGCGCAGCAUCCCUUUGAAUUCCAAAGGCGGCCACACAGAUGAACUUGGAGUUGCAAAGUGCUUGAUUCCCGAAGAAAAAACGGGCAUAGCAAAGACAGUGUCACCUUCGUUGGAAUCCAGUAACCAGGAAUUAGACAAAAUGCCACCGUUUGGCUCCUUGGUGCCAAUGGAAUGCUACAAAGUGAGCCUUGGGAAAACAGAUGCAUUCAUAUACAAAUAUAAGAAGUCACACUCUUCUGGACUAUAACAGGCUAGAUACCGUAAACCUACUAUGUCAGCUCUACCGCAACAGAAGUGUUUGUCUCUAGGAUCUAGACAGCCCCACAGAAUUCCAAGCAGACAGAUUCCCCUGAACACAGAAGGCAUGGAUGCUUGACAUAGGUUUUUAGUAAGAGUUUGCUUUAUACUCCAACGGAUUAAUGUUUCUGACAAUGAACUGUUAAUAAUUUAAACUAAAGUAUGUUUAACCUUUGCAUUCUGUCAGAAUAUGAAAAGUUCUGCUCUGCCCUGCAGUGUUUCUGAGCAGAAGCUUCAACAUCAAACAAAAGUUUUCAGAGGUUAACAAAGUAUAUCACAAUCAUCACAAGGUUGGUAAUAUUUUUUUAAGGUUGGUAAUAUUUUAACUGUCAGAUUUUUUUAAUGUAGAAACUUUUAUGUUAUGUCUUUUGAUAUUAAACUUGAUUUUUCUGAACCUGUAAUUUUCUUCUCCAUUGGAAUGAUAAUUUUAUUUACAAUACAUUUACAUGUUAUACAUCCCAUAUUAUGUAAAGCAUCAAUGGGAAUAAAAAUGAUAUGAAUUGAGCCAAUAUCC